AUGGAGGGGUCCCCAGAGGAGCAGAUGGCUGCCGCAAACAGCAGAUGGAAGCUGGCGGGCGACCGUCUCUUGGACGCCGGGAGCAUCCUGUCGGGCGUGGGAGGCGGCAGUUCCCACUUACUGGCUGCUUCCCGGGUUAAGGUCCGUGCAGGUCUGGCGGCUCCUGUGCCCGGUUCUCUGACCCUGAAGCCCUUGCCUGCGUGUGGAGCCUGCCCCACACCCACCCCCUGCCAAAUCACGGCCUUCACCUGCGUCUUCCAGUGCUUCCCUUGCGACCCAUCCUGCGGGAGCGCCUCGUGGGCCGCCCCCGAGUUUGCGCAGCAUUCGGUGGCCCCGAUGGUGAAGAUGACCCGGUCCAAGACGUUCCAGGCGUACUUGCCUUCGUGCCACAGAACUUACAGCUGCAUCCACUGCAGGGCCCACCUGGCAAACCACGAUGAACUCAUUUCCAAGUCUUUCCAAGGAAGCCAAGGGCGGGCGUACCUCUUCAAUUCAGUAGUUAAUGUGGGUUGCGGCCCUGCAGAGGAACGGGUUCUGCUAACAGGUCUACAUGCGGUUGCCGACAUUUACUGUGAAAACUGCAAAACCACGCUGGGCUGGAAAUACGAACAUGCAUUUGAAAGCAGUCAAAAGUAUAAAGAAGGCAAAUACAUCAUUGAAUUAGCUCAUAUGAUCAAGGAUAACGGCUGGGAUUGAACCGAGAGCAGAAGCAUGCCCGUAAGUCGAGAGAGAAUGCCAUC